AUGCAAAAAAAUUUUUCUCGUUUAGCGUUUCAAAACCAUUUCAUGUUGACAAAAUGUUUUGGAUAUAAAUCUUUGAUUCAUAAAAUAAAUUUCUCUUCCUUUGUGUAUAAACCUACAUUUCAAAAUUCUUUAAAAUUUUCGAAAAUUCAAUAUUCAACAAAGAUUUUUGCUCGUUUAAAUACUUCCCCAAUCACUAAAAUAAAAAAUAAUGUACGCAAUAAUUCUAUAAUCCUGGGUAUAUUAGGUUUGACAACUGCAACCACGAUCUUGGGAGUAACGUGGUCGCAAAGUUACCGAGAUAAAUUUCGUUUAAUCUUUGCUGGAAUUUUCCGCUCUUCGGUAACUUUGUGUGUUUGUUGCCUUUGUAUGCUAGAUUAUAAGAUAUUACAUUUUCGAUUUAAAAAUGUCGAUCAUAAAUCUGAUGAAUUCAAAUCUUCUCAGAAAGUCGUUCAUUUAAGAGUUGCAAAAAGAUUAUUGAGACUUUGUAGACUUCAUACUGGAGCUCAACAUCUUGCUUCUUUAACUUUUAUCGUUCCUAAAGAAUAUAUCGAAACUUUAUCUGUUUUACAAGAUCGUGCACCUUAUAGAGGUAUAGAAGAUGUAAAUAAAAUAUUUGCUGAAGAAUUUAAUGGAUUAACUCCAAAAGAUGUAUAUUCGGAAUUUGAUGAAAUUCCAAUAGCUGCUGCUUCUUUAGCUCAGGUGCACAAAGCUAUGACAAAAGAUGGUCGAGAAGUAGCUGUUAAAGUUCAAUAUCCUGAUGUUUCAAGACUUUUUCAUGUGGAUAUUUGGACUAUGCAAUCAAUGUCCGAUCUAAUUUCUUACUUUUUUCCGGAACUUGAAUUGACUUGGAUUAUAAAAGAAUUUAAGCAAAAUUUGAUUUCAGAAUUCGAUUUUUUACGUGAAGCUAAAAACGGUGAAUUAACACAACAGAGAUUCAAACAUCGUGCAAAUGAAUUAAAAAUUCCUAAUAUUAUAUGGGAAUUAACGACUAAACGUGUGUUGACCAUGGAAUUUAUACAUGGUGUUAAAAUUAAUAAUCUUGAAAAAUUAAAAAAUUUAGGUGUAAGUCCAAAAUGGGUACGAACUAUACUAUUAGAAGUAUUCGCUGAAAUGAUCUUUUGUCAUGGUGUAAUUCAUUGUGAUCCCCAUCCUGGAAAUGCUCUUGUAAUAAUUUCACCAAUAACAAAUAAACCUCAACUUGUUCUCCUUGAUCAUGGACUUUAUAGAGAAUUAUCUGAUGAUUUUCGUAUGGUAUAUUGUGAUCUAUGGAAAGCUUUAAUAUUGAAUGAUUUUGAAGCUCUUAAACAUGUCGCUGAUUCUUUAGGUGUUCCACAAUACAUUCAAUUUCUUCCUUUGAUUUUUACUCAACGUAUACCUGAUUCUACUACUCCUCUUGGUGAAGAUUUGACUCCUGAAGAACGUGCUAUGAUUCAUGAUCAAUUAAAACAUAUAAAAUUAAGUGAUUUCUUUGAUUUUUUGGAAUCUUUACCACGAGAGAUGCUAUUAGUACUUAGAACAAUUAAUAUAGUACGUGGAAUUCAUCGUCAACUUGGAGGAAAACCAAUAGAAAGUUUCAGAAUGAAUGCACAAUAUGCUAUACGUGGAUUAUGGUGUGAAACAAGGAAUGAAGAAAAAAGACGAAUACAGCGUUCGAAAGAACUUGGAUUAACAGGUGAUGAUGCUAUGAUUGGUCCAUUACAAAGAUGGUAUUUACUUGCUGGAACUCCAACUUUUUUUAGAACUCUAGGAUUCAUUAAAGAUUUUAUAGUAAUGACUUUUAGAUUAUAUUUAACAGAAUUAUUGAUUAAACUUUGGAGGUUGUGGUAUUUAUAUAGAUCUACUAUAGAUAUUUUAGGGGUAUAUUAA